AACGACGGUUUUUGUGUUUGAGCGUAUCAUCCUUCAAGGGUAGCAUAGGAGAAACUCAAGGGUUCGCGUACAUUUUAUUUAAUAUGGGAAAUUCUCCAUCCCGCGUUUAUCUUGAUUGUAAUGUGUCAUCAAUGAGGAGUACUUCUCCGCUAGUCACCGCCGCUAGUAAUGGCUGCCUAGAUUCUGUGAAGGAGAUUCUCGUACGAACUGAAGCAAACAUCGAAGCUCGUGGAACACUUACAAUUGAAGGCGAAAUUGUCGAGUUUUGUUCACCGUUGUUCGCCGCUGCUGCUGGAGGGCAUCUUGAUGUUGUAAAACUGCUGAUCGAACGCGAUGCAGACGUUAACGCCAGAACAAAGACGAUUAAACUCUAUGACUAUUGCGAUGAUCGAACUCCUCUGAUGAUGGCAUGUCAUGGUGGCUACCUGGAUGUCGCUUCUUAUCUCAUUGAACAUGGUGCAGAUAUAGAUCUACAAGACUCAAUUCAAGACACUUGUCUUCACUAUGCUGCUAGAAUGGGACACGUUGAGAUAGUUGACAAACUUCUUUCUGUAGGUGCGGAACAAAAACAAAAUGAUAUUGGUGUGAGGCCACUAUUCGAAAGCUGUGUUCAUUGUAGAAUUGAAGUGGUGGAGUAUUAUAUCAAAAGACCGGACUGUUCAAAGGAGCAAAGAAUUGAUGCUCUGGAACUUCUGGGUGCCUGCAUUGCUAAGGAUGAUGUUGCUUAUGACACUGAAAAAGCAUUAACUUUCAUGGAACGUGGGAUGGAUGAGAGGUUUGAGGACCCUGCACAUCCAUUGUUAAAAGAGAUGUGGAUAUUAAGUGAAGAGAGUCAAACUCCCAAGGAAUUCAUUCUGCAGUUAACUGGGAAUAAUGAAGCCAUCAAAAUGGAGGGAAUGUUCAUCAUGAUGAGACUCCUGGGAUCUAUGGAUUUAUCUCAGUGCAAAACAAGGUACCGGAGAACUGUUUCAGCUGACCCUAAGGGCUCACAUUCCUCUCGUUUGAGGAGGUUCUUGAAUAAAACCUGGAAAUUUUUUGAGAGUCUCAGCUGUAUGAUGGUGAAUGUGGAUGAUUUCAUAUACAUAUGUGAAUUACAGCUGCAAGAAGGUGAAUUUUUACCAUCAGAGCACAUCAGACAGUUGUUUGAAAAAGUUGUAGCAAGAAGAGAGACAAUCAUGAGGGAAUUGGGAACAGGGACUGAAAAUGAGGAACUUGAAAAAAUGCUUUAUCAAGCCCUGUAUCUUCUAAUGUUGUACUCCAAAAGUCAUGUUUCAGAACAGAAUGAUCAUGAAACUGCAGCUAUGACUGACCUUCUUCCCAGACUUUUGUGUUCAAACCCUCGUACCUGGAAUGGGAAUACGUUACUGCACUUGGCUGUGUGGCAUGGAACUCCUUAUAUAGUAUGCAGCUCAUAUGAUCGGGAGCACAGAAUGUGCGGUGGAAUGUUCAAGCCUCCCUGUCUUGAGACCAUGAGGCUAAUUUUACAUGCAGGUUGUGAUGUGAAUGCCAUGAACAUUGAGGGAAACACUCCUCUACAUUUAGCUGUUACUUUUAAGCCAGGACCAGGACAAGAAGAUGUUUUGAAAGAGACACUGGACUUGUUGUUGCUAUUCGGUGCAGACACAAAGCUUGAAAACAACAGUGGUCGAAUGGCAAUGGACUGCUGUGAGACUGACGAGGCCCAAAGGAUCCUGAGUGCCAUGGAUAUUGAUGUCAGAAAUGAUGAAAUGCUUGCAAGCAGAAGUGGCAAAGAAAUAGACGAGGGAUUUCGUAUAGGAAGGCAAAACGACCUAAACCAGAACUAUCAAGAAGAGACUGAGAAGUUAAGAUCAACAAGCUCUGGUGAACAAUUGAGGAAGUUGAGACGAAAUAUGAAAUAUGUCCAAGGGCAACUAAGAGAGAGAGGUGGAAAACUGAGGGAGAUGACAAAGCAGUUGACAGAUGUCAAAUGGCAGUUACGAACGAGGGAUGCAGAAUUGAGAGGGAUAAGUAAAGAUGUGGAAAAUGGUGCAGAGCAGGUACAAAAGAGAGAUGAACAACUGACAGAGAUGAUACAGUGGCUAACAAAUGUUGAAGGGCAGCUACAAGAGAGAGAUGGACAACUGACAGAGAGGACACAGCAAUUGACAAAUGUUGAAGGGCAGCUACAAGAGAGAGAUGAAAAACUAACAGAAGUAACACAGCAAUUAACAAAUGUUGAGGGGCAGCUACGAGAGAGAGAUGGACAACUGACAGAGAGGACACAGCAAUUGACAAAUGUUGAAGGGCAGCUACAAGAGAGAGAUGAACAACUGACAGAAGUAACACAGCAAUUAACAAAUGUUGAAGGGCAGCUACGAGAGAGAGAUGAACAAAUGAGAGAAAUGAAACAGCGGUUGACAAAUAUGGAAAGACAAUUAGAAGAGAGAGAUGGAGAACUGACAGAGAAGACUCAGACUUUGACAAAUGUCGAAGGGCAGCUACAAGAGAAAGAUGAACAACUGAGAGAGAUGAGAAAGCAAUUGAAAAAUUUUGAAGGGCAGCCACAAGAGAGAGAUGGACAACUGACAGAGGUGACAGAGCAGUUGAGUAAUGUCUAAGGGGAAUUACAAGCAGAGGCUGACAAGGCUAAAGAUUUACAGGACUUAGUUAACAGCUUAGAAAAACAACUGAACGACCAUCCCUACUCAACUAGCCAGAGGAAGGAACUUUAGUCCAUAAGUAAGAUGAAAUCAAAUCAUCUUCUUUAACAUGUGUCAAUUAAUCUAUCAUUCAAAAAUUAAAUCCUUUUAGAUGAUGAAAAAUUGCACAAAUUACAAGGAAGCAAUACCUCUCUUCAUAAAAAUAAGUGACCUCACAAAACAUAAUUUUCUGAGGUCUAAAAAUUAUCAUGUAACUUUAUCAUACACAAUGUAUAUAUAUGUGUCAAUAGGAAGUCUAUGUUUCAGUUUUUCCAUAUUACAGUGCUCAAUAUGUAGAAGCAGAGUGUGACCUAAAUCGAGUUAGGAAAAAACAAAGAGACUACGCUUCAUCCUGUAGUCCAGUAAAACACUACUAGUAUCUGGAAGGCACAGGUUUGAAUCCAGACAAAGCCUGAAUUUUUUCAGGGUUUUUUUCCAUGAUUUCCCCAGUUGCAGCUCACUUGCACAGAUCAUCUCUUUGCUUGUAUUUCAGGCCAAGUUAAAGUGUGAUUUAUUUCACAUCACUAAUAUCAUCAUAGAAAUACCAUUGCAGGGUUUUCAUUAAGAGAUACAGAAACUUGAGAAAAGUUUAUUAAUAAGUAACAGGAUAAUUUUUUCCAGGUCUUGAAAAUAACAACUUAGGUCAUCACAAUUUAGCCAGAGAAUCCUGAGUAGUAGCCAGUCAAUUUUUCUGAUCUACUAUGCAUAAAGAACACCUUUCCAUUCUUCAGUGGAAGGCCUUAUUGUCUUACAUAUAUAUCCUACAUUUACAUGACAAGGAUCAAAGUAAGUGUAUUUCAGGCCAACAAGCAGUGAAGGUUCACAUAGGUUCUGCCACAUCCAGACACAACUCUUGCACAAUUGUUUUGUUCACUUGCUUGAGUCUAACAGGCUUCGCUACCCAUUACUUAGGGAUAGACCAAAGAGGAGUAUAAUUCUCAAGUUUCAAGAUUUUUUCUUCAAUAUUUUCAAGGUAGAAAUUCUACAUAAUAAUUAUGAAUUGUAUUAGUUUUCUCUUGUACUAUUUUGCAUGUGCCUUGACCAACCAGCCAAUUAGAUGUAAAACUAACUCUAAUUUCUGCUUGGUCUCUAUUGUUUAGUGCAUUUCAAGCAGUUUGCCAGUUUUUACUUUUAGUUCUUACUGUCAAUAAUGAUGUCAAUCUUUCUCUGAUUGGCAUAUGUGAUAACUUUGGUUUCAGUUUUUUGACUCUCAAGGGCAAAACUUCUCCAAAUCAUCAUUUAUAAACAAGGGGAAGAUCAAUUUAGAUAAGCAAGAAAAUCCCACUUGCAGAUUAAUUCCCCAUGGUUUGAUAGAUAAAUAUUUUGUCUUAUCUCAUCCAUCAUAUAAUCUAAAGAAGGUGUUAAUAGUGACUGCUUUUUGUUAAAUAUAAACUCUCUUCAUCAGCCAACUGGGCGUAGAACAUCCAACUGACAACAACUAUUCUCUUGACUCUGAAAUUGACUUCCGCUCAGGUUGUCAAAAUGUCAGUCACCACUACCAACAACAGUCCUUCUCAGGACUACACUCACCCUGACAAUCAGACUACACAAUCACAGCUCUCUCUUUGUUGACGAGGUAAAUUGCUUUCAAAAACCUCUCUGCAUUAUGCACCAUAACUUUUUAACAAUGGUGCGUUUGGAUCAAUGCAACAUGCCGCAGCAACAUUCCCUGGUGAAGCAAUUUUGUUUAGUAUUCUCAAACUUGGUUAUGGCUAAGAGACUCAGCAUUAUCCUAAUAAAAAGCACAAAUUUAAUGCUGCAUUUCAUAAAAUUCUUUGGGAGAGCACAAUUGCAUUUCAACAUUGCGGAUCUCA